AUCGAUUGUCAAGUGAUGUCAGUCAGUCAGUGAUGAAAUGGUGAUGAAAGUAAACAAGGACUUGAUGUGAUCUGUUUGGUGGUUUUUGUUAAUUUCAUCCUAAUUCUAGUGAAAUUGUCAUCGUGCACUGUAUUUAAUCAGAAAUUAGAUAACUUUCCGUUUGUCCAGCACAUUGGGAAAAUGUGCUGCGAGUUAAUAUACGCGCUGCUCAACUCUAUCGAUUUUUAUAUGAGUGCCAAGAACGUUAAAAAUAUGUGCAAUAAAAGAACUAUGUAGCGUCAGUGAUACUAUAUCACAAUUAUCCUUAUCUAAGUACCUGCAAAAACAAAAACAAACAUACGUCGUAAAAUCAUCUGAUGGCAGCAUCUUUAAAAAGAAGUCGCUCCAGGCACCGCAUAGCAGCGGUCACUUUCUUAUCAAAUAUAUCUUUGGAUGGUAGUUAUAAGGACACGAAAUUAGCAUUGCUUCCGAGGAAUGGGGCCAUUGCAAAGCCACCGUUCGCUUAUAACGAUUACAUACUCGAAGAGUCAGAUGGCAAUGAUGAAUGCUUCAGUGAAUCCGAAAAUGUCCCUUUGAAAACUAAGGGGCAUGUGAGGAAGAAAACGCACAAAAUCGCUAAUGAUGCCGACUCAGCUAAUUCUGAUUCCGACACCGUCGCUCCACCCUUAAAAUCCAAUUUGGAUGCCAACGCUUCUAAAAGAUUUUACAGAGAAAGGCUAACUAGCAGUAGUGAUUCGGACCGCAAAGGAGUCGCCAAGUUCCACAAACGAUUGCCGCACCAAUUGUCUGGCUGUGGCGAUCUGGAAAAGGCGCCUCAAGGCAGCAGCUCUGAAAGUUUGGAGCCAGUCAAGUUGAGAGGAAGCCCAUCUCCGGCUCUCUUGCAGGAACAGCCGAAGAAGAAGUUCCGGAUCUUCAAGCCUACCGAACAUAGCAGAUUUGGGGAUGAGAGAAUUAUGAUGGUGACUGGCAAACGCAUUCCUUUCAUGGUGUGCUCGUUCAUACCAUAUGCAAAGUCGCGAACAAGCGUUAAAAGGGAGGAGAGGCGGAAACGAACCACUUCAGGAACCAGACCUUUGUCUUCAAUUGACGAUGCUCUCGACCCGUUUGAUUCCUUAGGCAUGGAGCGGAAAUUAGAAGGCCAGGAAGUCUCAUAUGGAUAUUUGCUAACUCCGAGCCACAGAGAGAUUCAAUCGAAGCGACCCAACACUGUAGAUGAUCAUCCUGAGGUGACAUCUAGACGACCCAAACACAUUGUGGCCAGGACAAAAGUUAUAACUUGGCAGCCAGAACACAAAUGGUGCCUUUCCUUCGAUCCAGGAUCGCAAAGAGCCUCCGCUCACGUGAUUUCACAUUCGCCUCCUGAUCUGAAGGAGGAAGCAACUGCGAUUGGUAGUCUUGUCUAUCACCCGCAUCUUUUAGACGAUCCCGAGCUGAUCGCCGGGAAGCACCGCACUCUACUCACGUUUGCCUCCUACAUGACAUCGGUAAUCGACUACGUUAAACCAUCCGAUUUGAAAAAGGAGAUUAACGACAAGUUCAAAAGCAAGUUUCCACAUGUUCAGCUCACCCUGAGUAAACUCCGAAGUAUCAAGCGAGAAAUGAAGAAAAUCGUGAAGCAUGAAUGUGCCAUCGAUUUGCUCACAGUGGCUCAAGCUUAUGUGUACUUUGAAAAGUUGAUACUGCGUGGACUAAUCAACAAGCAAAAUCGCAAGCUCUGCGCGGGUGCCAGCCUGAUAUUAUCCGCUAAGCUAAACGAUGUCAAAGGAGACCAGCUUAAGCUGUUGAUCGAGAAAACAGAAAACACUUUUAGAGUGAGUAGAAAGGAGCUGCUGGCCUUUGAAAUAGCGGUUUUGGUCGCCUUGGAGUUCGGACUUCACGUACCAACUAGUGAAGUGAAUCCUCACUAUCAGCGUCUCAUGUUCGACUCAUGACCAAUCACUGAUAACUCCACUAUAACAUGCAUUAAUCUUUCGUUACCUUUUACUAAGAAAAUUUUAUUUUGAGGCGUUUGAAAACGCACGAUUUGGUGAAUACGCAACCAUCUUAAUUAACAUAAUUAAAUUAGAAUACUGUUAGCGGGUUCUAUAGGGAAGUAUUUAGUUAAAUUUUAUUGACUUUAAAUUAAGCAAAUUGUACUCAUCGGACAGAAAGGAACUUUUACUUAACUAAUCACUGUAAAAAUGCAUUCAUUAACCAUAUCUUUCGCCAUUGUCUAGCCGACCGAAUUUUAUCGUUAUCCUAAAACUAAAAGCAAUCUGAGCGACCAGCAAUUUCUGGUUGUUCACUAUCGAUACUAUCUAGUUUAAUAUUAGGUAAAAAGUUGACCAAGACAGUGUAAAAAUGGUGCUUAUACAAGAUAAGGUUAAAGUAAGACGAACUAUUUUUUGCAUGACAAGCGUGAAAGGUGUACUUAAAUUGAAAAUUUGUAUUGAGUGUGCCAAUGUUGCAUAAGUAGACAGAUCAGUAGGGUGUGGGUGGGUUGUGAUAAUGUUUUGCAUAAAUUCGGAAAGUUUCGAAUUAGCCGCUUUUUAGAACUUUAGAUCAUCGAAUGUUCCCUCGCGCCCUUUCUACUUUCAUGCCCCCAACUUUCUGUGGGCGAGUGAUUGAAACCCAUACGUUCCCCGCUUUUUAUUCCGUUCUCCUAAUUCCUAUGAAUCCCAUCAAACCUCUACAGCUAAUUCCGAAAACGAUGUCUUUAUAUAUCAUCAAUUCUCUCCGAAUCCUGGAUGAUGUUUACGAUUGUUAUUUUUUAUUUUGUUUUCCUUUGUUAUUACUAUUGUAGAUAUUUAAGUGUUAUCCAUUUGGUAAUUAACAAUAGUUGCUUAUUUUGGUGUAUGUAAUCUCGAAUAACUUGUACAAGGGUGCUGGGUUUUUUCUGGAGUAAAACUUUUUUGUAGGCGUCAAUACAGGAUUCUUUGCAUUUA